AUGGUCAAAUAUUUAGUCUCCAUUACUGUCCUAGCAACGGUCCUUGCUACCGUUCAAGCCCAAUUAAAAGGUUACCCACCCAGCGAGAAGGUCCCUGAUGUCAAAUCAGCUCAGGUCAAGGCAUGGCUCAAGGAGGUUGAUCUCAGUGGUGCACCCAAGAUCCCCAUCGCUAAGGGAAUACCAGGAGAUGCUCCCAAGUGCAAUAAGCGUCAGCUUCCUAAUGAGUGCCACUGGACUUGCUUUGACUGUGCAGCCGACGACAUCACCGUCUGCCCACGUGCCAACACUUGGGGCUUGACUUUUGACGAUGGUCCUACAGCAGCCACACCUGCUUUGUUGGACUACCUCAAGUCUAAACAUCUUAAUGCGACCUUUUUCCUGAUCGGUUCCAACGUUGCUGCUCUCCCCAAGCAUGUCCAGCGCGAGGUUGCUGAGGGCCAUCAUUUGGCCUCUCACACCUGGUCACACACUGCGUUGACCACUCUCACUAACGAGCAGAUCGUUGCUGAGAUGAAGUGGACUGAAAAGGCCGUACUCGAAGCCACUGGCCUUCGUCUCAAGUACAUGCGCCCUCCCUUCGGAGACAUCAACAACCGCGUUCGUUACGUGUUGAAGAAGUUGGGAUAUCUUGUUGUAGACUGGACUGGUGAUGAAUUUGACACCAAUGACUGGGACCCAGAAUUGUCAGAUUCUAAAAAGAUUGCUUUGAUGACCAAGAGUUUGAACAAGUACGCAGCUGGCAAGAGAACUAAAGGGUUCUAUAUGCUGCAGCAUGAUCAAUCAGCAAGCACUGUGAAGUUGGCACCAAAGUUGUUACCAUUGGGAAUUGCAAGAAACAUUUCAUUUGGAAAUGUCCCAGUUUGCCAGGGUGAUAGUCAACCAUACCAGGCAGUUGUGAAAGCACCUGUUGUGUAG